AUGGACAUUUUAUUCACCUCUUUCCUAGACGAAAUAAAAAAGAUAAAUAUAUUGGGAGUUUGGUAUGUUGUGUUAACAAUUUUAACUAUUUAUGCUACUAAGUGGUUUUAUAGAUGGAGAAAUCCAAAAUGCAAUGGAAUUCUUCCACCAGGUUCAAUGGGAUUUCCUUUCAUUGGGGAAACUCUUCAAUUGAUUCUUCCAAGUCACUCUUUGGACCUUCCUCCAUUCUUGAAAAAUAGAAUUAAAAAAUAUGGACAAAUGUUUAAAACAAAUGUAGCUGGGAGGCCAGUGAUUAUAAGUGCUGAUUCAGAAUUCAAUAGUUUUAUUCUUAAGCAAGAUGGGAAAUUAGUGGAAACAUGGUCAUUAGACACUUUUGCUGAAAUGACAGUUGAUUUUGCUGCAAAACAAAUUUUCAGUGGUGAUCUUGAGAAUGCACCAUUUAAUAUAAGUGACAUGUUCAGAGACUUAGUAGAAGGUCUAAUGUCUUUCCCAAUUAAUCUUCCUGGAACUUCUCAUCAUAAAUGUUUAAAGAUACAUAAGAAAGUACGUGAAACAAUGAGAGACGUACUGAAAAAAAGGAUUGAGUCAUCUACAAGAAAACGCAAAGGAGAGGAAGACCUAGUUGAUCAUCUUCUAAGAGACAUGGAUUCUCAUAAAUUUUUAACUGAGGAUUACAUAGUUCAAAUGAUGUUUGGUUUGUUAUUUGUUACCUCUGAUUCUAUUUCAACUACAUUGGCUUUGUCUUUCAAGUUGCUUGUUGAACAUCCUGAUGUCCUGGAGGAAUUAAUAGUUGAACAUGAAGCAAUUUUGAAGAAUAAAGAGAGUUUAGAUGCCCCUCUCACUUGGAAUGACUACAAAUCCAUGACAUUUACACUUCAGGUUAUCAAUGAAGUCCUGAGGUUGGGAAAUAUUGCACCUGGACUAUUUCGCCGAGCAUUAAAGGAUAUUUCAGUUAACGGAUAUACAAUUCCAGCAGGAUGGGUAAUUAUGAUUGCAACUGCUGCUCUUCAUUUAAAUUCAGACCAAUUUGAGGAUCCCCUUUCAUUUAAUCCAUGGAGAUGGAAGAAAAUUCAACUAAAUGGCGGAGCUAAAAAUUUCAUGCCAUUUGGAUUUGGGAUGAAGCAAUGUGCUGGUGCAGAAUAUAGCAGGGUCUUUUUAGCCACUUUCCUACAUGUUUUGGUCACUAAAUAUAGAUGGACAAUGGUUAAAGGAGGCAAAAUAAUUCGAGCACCAAUUAUAAGAUUUCCAGAUGGAUUUCACUUCAACAUAUCUAAGAAGAACUAA